AUGUCCGACGGACACAACUUGGUUGACGCUCUGGAGGCCUACCUUGGCCUGUCAGAACCCUCACGCUCCUUGUACCUACAGGAUGUACUCAAAAGGGAGGUCGAAGAUCAGAUUCGAUUUGUCAAUGGCAGUCCGACUCCGCUCGAAAAGAGCAAGCGAACUCAGUAUAUGGCAUCCAUGCCAAACGCGCAUUUCGAAGCUCUCAAGCACGACAUAGUUUACGAGUUACUCAAGAGAGGAAGGUCCAGUACUUAUACCCUACCCGUAGACCUCACCGAUUCUGCUGUGACCGCCUCACAGUUGAGAGAUCUGCGGCCGAUUGUUCCCAGCUUUAUAGAUAACAUGGGCCACGAGCAUUUCCGCACUCUCAUUGCAGAAUUCGUCUGCGAACUAGAUAACCGGUUGGCUACUGUAAUCGAUUCAAGUGAUACUGGGGACUCGGAUUCCAUGUAUGCGUCGUCACUGCAUUCUGGUGUAUCUUCAGUUGUGGAGACGUCGCAGACUGAGCUCACAGAGGCAUCAGGUCUCAUGUCCCGUUCACCACUUGAGCCUUAUGACGGAUGGAGAAUACUUCAUCCGUCACCUCUGAUGGUGGAUGUCCGCCCAUUAGUGCGGGAAGAUUUGGCUAGAUCCAGGUUUUCGCAUGUCAGAAGCAGACCGACUUCUAUAGUAUCCAGACCUCCACCACUUCCUGCAACUAUCACGGAAGAAGACGACCAUGAUGACGAAUCUGGUUACGAUGCAGAUGGUGUUGCCAAGUAUCGACCAGCAAUCAAGCGUUCUUCAAGUCACAGGGAGUUUAGUAAAGUUGGUGCUGAUAUGCCAGACGCGAGACCUGCCACACUACGUAGGAGCAGUGCGGAAUCCACAUUGGACAAUGCGCGAGCAGCAUCCGAGAAUUGGAACGACCAGGGGACUGACAUAUUGAAUGCCCCAGCCACUGCCCCGUCGAUCUAUACGAAGGCACGUAAUAGCGUUCGCUCAAGCUGGAGGAUGAGCAAUUCCUACAACCGUAGAAGCAUCAAGAGAGAUAGCAGCGUAUCGAGCCACCAUAGCUUCUCAUCUGCCAAAAGCUUUGCUACUGCGCAAGCUAGUCUACAUAGCGCGGAGGCUCAUAAUAUGGCAUCUUCUACGAAGUCCAGUGAAUGGCUUGAUUUCCUCCGAUCUCUAUCCUUGAUCCCGGACCAGAUGUCUGAGUUAAACUGGUCAGGGAAAGGGCAACAUGUAGAAUACGAGCCCUCGGAAGAGAAUGAUAUACCCAUUGUCGAGGAGAACCUUCUUGGCCAUACAGCGAGUGCUGUUGUUCAGAGUGUACGAUGUAAACGGAUCCGACUUGCUCGUAAGACCAUUUCAUGCAACCGCAAAUUUCGAAGAGAGGAAGCAAUCAAAGAAGUUGAACAUCUUCAGCGUGUCAAGCAUUGCCACGUGGUUCGAGUUGUAGGCACGUAUGUUGUCAAGCAGAAUUUAUCGAUCCUCCUCUAUCCUGCUACAGAGUGGAAUUUAGAGACCUUUAUUGUGUCUUUGAAAUCGGGAGAGGAAGUCGCGCCCCGACGGGACCACCUUGUGGGAUUCGUACGUUGUCUUCUGGAGACAAUGAAUUUUCUGCACGAUUCUCUCAUAAAACACAUGGACAUCAAACCCAAGAACUUGCUUGUCCGAGAUAUUCGGCGCUCGGUCCUUCGAUCGAGAAUACCAGCACCGCUUAACCAUUAUAAGGUCUACAUUGCUGACUUUGGGAUCGCUCGCUCGUAUCGGUGCUCCGAGGACGCCGAGACCUCGGGCAGGACAUCCUUCACGAAACGUUAUGCUGCUCCUGAGGUGGUUGACCAAGCACCUCGUGGCUUCAGUGCCGACAUAUUUUCCAUGGGAUGUGUAUUUCUGGAAAUCAUUGCCGCUGUCUUCGAUACAGAGCUGGCUAGUAGUGAGCACAGCGAGGGCUCUUCGGCGCCACACGCUGAUGAGCUAGACAAGAUCCGUGAGAACAAUCCAGACUAUGAUGAUUCAUAUCAGGCGAACGUUACGGAAUUAAAAGCCUGGCUUGUUAGACUUGGUUGUCGACCCAAAGAUGGUGCCUUUUCUCCAAAGUUCUGCGCCUUGGUCGCCGCCAUGAUCAAUUAUGAGGCCCAUGAUAGACCGACGACUGAGGAUAUUCUGAUGUCCAGCUGGUUACCAAUUGGCUGUUCAGAUUGCCAUAGUGACCAGGAUCCGUUUGAGUCAGCGUCUCAAUCAAAUGAGUAA